CUUUCUUCUCGUAAGAACGUAUUGCCAUCUGGACUGUGCCGUGUCUUCAUCAACCAGACCACAACAUGGACAGCAGAUCCAAGAGACUCGGGUCCGAUGAGCUAGCUCCCGCCUACAUAGGCAGACCCAAAAAGCGACAGGCAACACCGACCCUCGUUUCUCCACAUAGCCAUCAUGAGCCGGCUUCGCAAGUAUAUCAUUCUGGAACCGGGAAUCAGAACGUGGGGCCUGGGAAUAUCAUCAUUGAAGGAAACCAAAUUCUUGAAAUACCACAUAGUCAAUGCCUCGCUGACUUACGAUCGACCGACCCCCGCCAUGACAAGAGUCGCAUCCAAAACGCAAAGGGGUACCUGCUGAAAGAGUCGUACUGCUGGAUCCUCGACCAUGCCGACUUUCAGAAAUGGCGACACGAUCCAAACCACCGCCUGCUCUGGAUCAAGGGCGAUCCUAGCAAAGGAAAAACAAUGCUACUCUGUGGGAUUGUUGAAGAGAUGGAGAAGGAGCUGGAGUCAAAUACCGAUGCUGGGGUUCUGUCCUUCUUCUUCUGCCAGGCCACCGACUUGCGUAUUAACAACGCGACGGCGGUACUACGCGGCCUGAUCUACAUGCUCGUUACACAGAAGCAGUCUCUUAUCUCGCAUGUACAGAAGCAGUAUGAUCACGCAGGGAAAUCGCUGUUUGAGGAUGCAAAUGCCUGGGUAGCCCUAUCCAAGAUCUUUUGCGACAUCCUUUCCGACAUCCUUCAAGACUCAAGCCUACAGAGUGCUUACUUUUUCGUCGACGCGCUUGAUGAAUGCGAGACGGGUCUGCCGCAGCUUCUCGAUUUAAUAGUUCGGACAUGCUCUUCAUCUCGAGUCAAGUGGAUUUUGUCCAGUCGCUACCGAGAUGAUAUUGACCGAAUGCUAAAGCCUACCGAGUCCAGAGCAAGAUUAAGCUUAGAGCUAAAGGAGAACGCAGAACAGGUGUCCCAUGCCGUCAAUGCGUAUAUUGAAUAUCACGUUUCCAAACUAGAAGCGUUCAAGAGCGACCCAAACCUGCAGGUUGAAGUUCUGGAUAUGCUACAAGAAGUACAUAGCUGGGAGGUGUUAAAAGUGUUAAACGACAUACCGCCCGGCCUGAAACCAUUGUACAGUCGGAUGAUGUGACAAAUUCAACAGCUACGGUACGAACGACCCGACUUAUGCCGAAGUAUUCUCUCAACGGUU